AUGGAUAACGGACCUGGGAAGGACGGGCACUCAGAGACCUCCCCCGUGAUAUCCUCGCUCGCCCAUGCCUGCAACGCUGCCUUCACCAAACUAUGCCAGGACCUCCCGACAACUGAUUACCACGGCCUGGAGGCUAAAGCGACUGACGAGGCUGGCCGGUUCAAGAUAUGGGCCGCGAACAUUGGCGCUCUGCAGAGGCCGCAGUCGUUCGGCUCACUCGACUCGAGAUUGAAGAGCGCCGAGCGCAUGAAGAGUAGCGUGGUCUCAGUACUUCGACGACUGGAAGAUGCUUUAGGUAGAGCUAAUGGCAUCGCCCUGGGAAACUUGCCCAACAGGACGAAAAGCCCCGUCAUCGAUGUAGAGUCCAUCAGCCACUCAUUUGGGUUACACUCCGGAAAUGCCAAUGAAGGGAAUCAUGUCUCUUCGGCUACGGAGAUCGACGAGCUGUUCAACAACAUCCGAUCCUGCAUCACGCAUCUUUUCAAUCUCUCUACUUUGCUUCGUCGGAGCCACCCUCGAGGACGCACGUCACGGCAGGGCCCCCAGUACUCACUGUCGGAUCCCAGGCCGUUCAUUACCAAUGCACAAGACAAAUUUCCAAAACUGAAGCAGUCUACCUGGCUGGCGGAGAGAAUAGGACAGCGGAAUGCUCGCCAAAUCGACUACAUUCGUUAUCGCCAGAAUCAUCGCAGGAACUUGGCCCAGGUCGAAGUCGGACCAGGACACGACGAGCAGGCAGAACGAGCCACGACCAAGGCGACUUCUUUCCACGAAACCCUCGCGUCACCCGAGAGCAUCAGAAGAGAUCCACUGGACUCGAAAUGGGCGGAGAGCGUAUACACCGUCGCAACAUCAUUUGCCCAGACAGCUGUUGGAGCUGACAACUAUUCAGGCCGAAUUGUCCCUCAACUGACAAGAUUGUGGCUGGAUGGACGACAGCUCGGUUACGGCGAACCGAUAGAGUGUCCUUAUUGUCGAACGAUCCAAGUCAUCAAGGAUCGCUUUCACUGGAAGUGA